GAGGGUGGGGGAAAACCAGGGGAGACCGGGGAAAGAGUACGGCAGGGCCGCUGUGAAAGCGGGGCGCACGGCCGCUACAGCCGAAAAGGACGGCGCGUCGUCGACCGCGGAAGAGCUCGCAGUUCGUGUGCGGAGACAGGGACGUGACGCUCGCUGCAAGGCCAUCUUACUGGCCUCUCCCUCCGGCUUGGGAGAGGGAUGCUUUGCCCGAUUACUCCUCUGUACGGCAGGUUGCUGGGCUCAUCGUCUACAGCUACUCUGCCACUGAAAGGAGCGCCACACGAGGGAGGAAUCUAAAUGCAGUAUCCCUUUACAGAUCUCUGAAAUAAACUCUGCUUUUUUCCUCCCCCCUUUCUUUUUCUCCUCUUCAAAUACGAGGCCCUCCGUCAAUACAGGGGGGAGGAUCGCCGCUUUUCGCCCGAUACCGACUGGAUGGCUGGACACUUAAACGCUUCAAAGCCAGUUUCGAGAAGCUGUCCCAUGAAAGCGAUUUGAAGGGCUUUUCCGGGGAAAACGGCAUAUAUACAUAUUUUAAAGGAAGAAGCGUGGAGUGUUUGUCGAUCAUCUAAAAAAGGCUCUCCUCCUAUCCACUUAAAGCCACGGCCGAUUUGUUUUUCUUGCUUUUCUUGAAGAGUCUUUUAAAGGCAAUCUUUCCUGUUAAGUAAAUCCGGGAAAGCCGAUUGCCGAAAACAAACCUCGCUGCGUCCUUUGCUGGCAGCUUUUCUUAAGUACGGGCAGCGUUACCUGCUGCCUGAAAGUGCGGCUUAUUUAUCUGCCGGUGAUAUUUGUGAAACUGUGCCGGACUAAUACGGACAAAGGAUCCCUUGUUUUGUUGUCAGUGAGAUCAGUGCAUAAAUGCGAGUAAGACCGACUUCACGCACGUCAGUCCUGUAGUAACUGUAACAAAUUAUAUUAUUUGCCGUGUUUGAUACUAUUUAGAUAGACGGCUGUUCUGGUAUUCGGAUUGCGGUUGAUGGUACUGGGCUCCUGUAAAGCAGUAAUAAUGGAAGAUCGGUGGGAGAAUAUCGCAUGAAGGACACCACCAAGUUUGGCGUGAUUUACCUCAUGUUGGCCAUUUGACGACAGGAGGUGCUGGGAACGAGCGGACCACAUUAUUUCUGCGCGGCCCCAGGCGCUUCCCAGCCUGAUCCGGCAGCGGGGUUAAGCUGUAACAAUCUGCGGGGCAGUAUGCGGGGAGGGGGACAGCGCACCUAAACAUCUCCACCUGAUGCUGAGAGGUCUUCGACGAGCCGCCGGGGGCGGGGGCUGGAGCCUCGGGGGCUGAUGCGCCGACGCCUAGCUGGGUGAUCGGGAGGACCGGCUCUGCGUGACCCAUCCCCCCAGCACACGUGGUGGACUGGGCAUCUCCGCAACUCCCGUUAAGGUACGGAUCACUCUUUACAAACUCCCGGCAGAGUUCAGGCACCGUUUGCAAGACAGAACAUGCCAUGCGGCUACCCCGUCACCAGCUGCCGCCUACAUAGACGCUGCCACGCCCCCUGAGACUACCACCUGUGCCCCAAAGGAUGCUGGGAAUGUGUCGUGGGCGAAGGAAGUUCUUCAUCGCCUCUUUCGCCAUCCUCUUCAUCCCGGCGCUCACUUGGCUGUACCUCUCUGCUGGGAACUUCCAAGUGAAGUCUCUCCCGCUGACGCCCCUGGAAUCCCAGACUGCCGUGCUGCCUGGGGGCGGGCUCCGGGAACGGCUGGCUCUGGAGAUGCGCGUCCGUGAGGUGGAGGAGGAGAACCGGGUGCUGCGGCGGGAACUCGCUCAGCCCCCUCGGGCGGCCCCCCGACACGGGCGCCACGGCAACCAGUCACGGACAUACUCCACGGAGGAGGGCACAGGCGACAGCGAGGGACAGCGUGCCGCCAGCAACAACUCGGAUUGCGUGCCGCACCCCCCGGUGGACAAGUGUGAGACGAUCCACGUGGCCAUCGUGUGCGCGGGGUACAACGCCAGCCGCGAUGUGGUGACGCUGGUGAAGUCUGUCCUGUUUCACAGACGAAACCCCCUUCACUUCCACUUCAUCACGGACUCCAUCGCCCAGCGCAUCCUCGCCUCGCUCUUCGACACCUGGAUGGUCCCGGCUGUCCGCGUGGACUUUUACGACGCAGACGAGCUCAAGUCGGAGGUGUCAUGGAUCCCUAACAAGCACUACUCCGGCAUCUAUGGCCUCAUGAAGCUGGUGCUGACCAAGACGCUGCCAUCCAGCCUCCAGCGCGUUAUUGUGCUCGACACCGACAUCACCUUCGCCACCGACAUCGCUGAGCUGUGGGCCGUCUUCCACAAGUUCAAAGGUCAGCAGGUACUGGGACUGGUGGAGAACCAGAGCGAUUGGUACCUGGGGAACCUAUGGAAGAACCACCGUCCAUGGCCAGCCCUUGGACGGGGCUUCAACACAGGAGUGAUCCUGCUGCUUCUGGAUCGCCUCCGGAAGCUCAAGUGGGAGCAGAUGUGGCGCCUGACAGCGGAGCGGGAGCUAAUGAGCAUGCUCUCCACCUCGCUGGCUGACCAGGACAUCUUUAAUGCAGUGAUCAAACAGAAUCCUUUCCUGGUGUACCAGCUGCCCUGCUUCUGGAACGUGCAGCUCUCGGACCACACCCGCUCCGAGAAAUGUUACAAGGACGUGUCAGAUCUUAAGGUCAUCCACUGGAACUCCCCCAAGAAGCUGCGGGUGAAGAACAAACACGUAGAGUUCUUUCGUAACCUCUACCUGACCUUCCUGGAGUAUGACGGCAACCUUCUGCGACGUGAGCUGUUUGGCUGCCCCAGCGAAGCCGACCACAACAGUGAGAAUCUCCAGAAGACCCUGUCUGAACUGGACGAGGAUGACCCCUGCUAUGAGUUCCGUCGGGAACGCUUCACGGUGCACCGCACGCACUUGUACUUCCUGCACUACGAGUACGAGCCGGCUGACGACCACACAGACGUCACGCUGGUGGCCCAGCUCUCCAUGGACAGGCUGCAGAUGCUGGAGGCCAUCUGCAAGCACUGGGAAGGCCCCAUCAGCCUGGCGCUGUACCUGUCGGACGCAGAGGCCCAGCAGUUCCUGCGCUACGCCCAGGGCUCCGAGGUGCUGAUGAGUCGCAGUAACGUGGGCUACCACAUUGUCUACAAGGAGGGCCAGUUCUACCCCGUUAACCUGCUGCGCAACGUGGCUAUGAAGCAGGUCAACACUCCAUACAUGUUCCUGUCUGACAUUGAUUUCCUGCCCAUGUAUGGACUCUACGAGUACCUCAGGAAAUCUGUUGUGCAGCUUGACAUGGUAAACACCAAAAAGGCCCUGGUCGUGCCUGCUUUUGAGACACUGCGGUAUCGCCUGUCCUAUCCCAAGUCUAAGGCUGAGCUUCUGUCUCAGCUGGACAUGGGCACCCUCUUCACCUUCAGGUACCAUGUGUGGACAAAGGGCCAUGCCCCCACCAACUUCGCCAAGUGGAGGACUGCCACCACUCCAUAUCGUGUGCAGUGGGAGGCGGACUUCGAGCCCUACGUCAUGGUGCGGCGCGACAGCCCCGAGUACGACCGCAGAUUCGUGGGCUUUGGGUGGAACAAAGUGGCCCAUAUCAUGGAGCUGGAUGCUCAGGAGUACGAGUUUGUGGUUCUGCCCAACGCCUAUAUGAUCCACAUGCCACAUGCACCCAGCUUUGACAUCACCAAGUUCCGCUCCAACAAGCAGUACCGCGUCUGCCUCAAGACGCUUAAGGAGGAGUUCCAGCAGAACAUGUCUCGGCGUUACGGCUUCGCGGCGCUUAAGUACAUGACAGCUGAGAACAACAGCUAGGCCCCUCGCUCUGUGCAUAGGACGGCUGCCCUGGGGUCGGAAUGCUUGGACAUCUUCUACGUGGCCUCUGGGUCUCUGUGGGACGCUUCCGGCGUGGUUAGGCCUUCAGACUGUCUGUGCAGCUCUAGGUUCCUUUGGACUUCAGCCGCAGGGGUUGUAAGAAUGUCUGCCAUGUCUCUGGUAUGUGUGUAUUGUUUACGCCUUCAUGUGAGAGCCAGUGGUGUAGAAAAUGACCUGGACAGACAUCUGUAAAACAGAAGGAUGAGGACGUGUUUGCCUUCACCAGCAGUCUGGCUUGGCCGGUGAAGCUGCCAUAUGCAUGGGUUCCGGCUUCAACAUUUAAAGAAAAAUAACCAACACAUGCCAAACAACCAAUAUCGCAAUACACAGCUAGCAAAUAAAGGAUGUUCCCAUUGGAAAUCCUCCCCUAAGCCCAUGCCAUGACUAAAAGGCAAGUUGCGCUCCGUUCAGCUGCCCAGCUGUGUUUAUUGGUUUCAUUUCAAUGUUGCCAUUUUUGUGCCAACAGCAAAGUGCUCAACAAAGCCAACACAGAUGAGUGCUGCAAGGCUCUGUCUUUGGGGCUCCUUCUGCUGUGUGUUGCUAAUAAGCAGAAGGAAAACUUAGGGUUUCUCCUGUGCCCACCCAGUGAGCCAGGGAGGCUGAUGCGCUAGGCAUCUGAAUGCUAAGAAACGUGACGGUUAUACCUGUAACGGCAGCCCUGGAAAUUUCCUGGAAUAUCUCAUAGUAAAAUAUUAAGCUGUGACGCCCACCAAUGAGAAUAAAUGUGCAAAAAUGCUUGUUGCAAUCAAGGGAAAUGUUUUAUAUGUUCUAGAGACUGCUAAUGCAAAUUUUUUUUCAAAAUUAAUUGCUUGUCUUGCUCAAAGUAAGUUCUGACUUUGCAGGGGAGGUAACUACAAUGACAUCUUGGGGCCACGAGCUCGGUCUGAGAGGCUUUAUUGCAAAGUUAUUCAUGCAUUGACUGCACAGAAACUCUGUAAGAAAGGUUGAACUGUGGAUCGUGAAAGAUUCUUGUAUAAUUUGUUUCCUGGCAUCUCAAGAUUAGCUUGAUGGUGGUUGAUAGGUGGAACCCAAGUCACUCAUGAUGCUUAUGGAAGCACGCUGAGAUGUGAUUGGCUACUGAUCUAGACAGUCCCCGUGACUGACACAUCCAAAACGCUGACAUCACCGGACUGCAGGCCUCAGGCCUCCCCUCCUCCUCCGGCCACACUAUUGCCCGCCGAUGUCCCUGCAGCAUCCUCAGAAGCUGACACACCUUAGACUUGCACCGUUCAACGUGUCCAGGUGGACUUUCCCAUUUCCCACAGAGAGUGGAUGGACAUCACCCGUUUUUGUUUUUACUUGUCGGUAUUUUGUAUCAGUAUGUGUUUAAAAGUUUUAAUGUGAAAACAGCAAACAGGCAAAGAAAACAAUGCACUAUCCACAGAUGGGAGAAGAGGUAGAUGCUGGCCGGACCUGUCCAGAAGAAGUAUGAGACUGCAGCGGCGGGGGUGUGAUGACCUCCAGGUGAGGAUUAGCGUAGCUGUUUGAGUGACAUCAGCCCUGUUGGCCUCAGCCGGGCAGGGAGGGGGGCUCUCGGCAGCAAAGAUGUCCGGCGCAUGUGGUGUAACUGAGCUUAAGCUCAACUGCCCUGAGGAGUGAGUAUAUGGGAGGGAAGUCAAGCAAGUAGGUAUGAGUGUGUGUUUGCGUGUGUAUGCGCCAGUGCAAGAGCCGAAGACCAUGAGACUAAGAUGUUUGUUUAGGGAAGUGGUGAUAGACAAACUACUACCUGAAUAAAAGAACUGACUGAAA